AUGAGCCUAAUAGCACCCAAGAGCCGACCCCCUCUCCGACCUUGCCUGCUUGGCCAACUUGUCGAAAGUCUUAUCGAAGCCUUGAUAACCCAUCAAGACAUCAAUAGAAGUGUUAUUGCCUCAAUCCAAAACCGACUAGCUAACACCUUCAUCAAAGGAAGACAACCAACUCAAGAGCCUGAAGAUAGAAAGCAUGCCCUAUCUGACCUACACUUUCUCGAAGUUUUAGUCAUUCAAAUCUCUAUCAAGGAAAAAGGAGCGUCGACAAUCUCACCUGCUGCGGGCGACCUGCGCAAUAGUCCCGGGUAUGAACUGACCCAUUAUCGUCGGAGGAACACCAAGGCCCCACCCCCAGAUCCUAGAAGAGUUUAUGAUGGUGAUAUCAUCGAGUUAAACCAGCUAAGCCCAGUACUAGCCGACAAAAAGAAGGAUAUUCUGUGCCAAAUUCAUGGAAACUGCGAUCCCUCUGGCACAGCAAAGGAAGUCUCAAGGAGUGCAGGAAAUCAUCCUGCUGUUCCCGCUCCUAAGUUUAUCAGAUCCUUACGAAGUUUCAAACAAGUCCCGUUAGCUGUUGAUCGGAUUACUCAGAACCAAGGAGGAAUCUCAUUCUGGUUGCCAGAUCCCAGUGCAACGGUGAAAAGAAUGGGUGGCCGUUACUUAGAGAGUCUCCUUCACACCAUGAUGCGAGAAGCUUGGUCCUCUCCCAUUCACUGCAUCCUGACUUUCAACAACUCAGGAUGGAUUCGACCCCAAUCUGAGAUCAGGUCCCCUCUGGUAAAGAAGGCAGAACUAGCCUGUCUUAUGGAGCUGCUCCCAGAGGAGUCUGCUAAAGACUGUAUCAAUUGCCAACCGCAUGCCCCAUCCAAUCAAGAGAACGGCUACCAAGCGCUGUCCCUCCAAUCUCUCAACUUGAAGGUCCUCGAUAAACAUAUAGUGGACUCUAAUGAGAACGAUCGACCACGAUUUGAAGACACUUAUGAGAGAUCAAUCUGGGAGUGGUGUAUCCUACCUAGUUCAAGAAAUUGUUCAGAGCUCGAAUCUGCAGUAAUAACGGAGGGAACUCCCUUUAUCAAACCCAAGGAACCGCCCUUCUUGAAGCCCCUUCAUCUAACCCCAGAAGACGAUAGCGGCCACAUCGACGAUUGCUGUCUAAGUUCAAGUGAUGCCAAGGAGACCAUUGAAAACCACCCCAGGAGAAUCAAUGUUCCGAUUAAGAGCAUGGUAGAUAGGCCAACCGCUCAAAAUUCAGAACGAGAGUCUGCUGCCAAUGGCACGAGUACGAGCACAGAAGCCCUAGUAACCGAAAGGACCCGGUCUGGCCAUGUGGAUCUUAACCCGGCCAUGGUAACUUGCAUGGCAAAGUCAAAUCACAGGGCUUCACUGUGGGAAGAAGACUUUACUACUAAAAUAGUGAACCCACGAACCUCCUUCACCGCACUCUUCAAGAACUCUAGAGUUCGAACAGAAGGGAUCGCGACCACCAGCCUUCCUGAAUUCGCUUCGUCAAAAGGCUCCUCAUACUAUGGAGCACUCCAGCGAGCAGGGGAAUCCACCUCCAACCAGACUAUAAAGCGGAAAAUCAGGAUAGAACUACUGGUACCAGGACCUUUUACUGGAUAUGGAGACUUUGCAAGAGCUCUCCGACGAUCUAAGGGCAUAUUGUACUGUUCCGCUGAUGUGGAACGGGGCCAGGGUUCAUUCUACACAUUCUCGAAUCUCCAGGACUGCUCGAGUUCUGCCCCGGCUACUAAUCUCCCACAUUCCGACUACCAUGGAACUGUUGCCCCAAUCCCCGCAGCCUUACGGCGCAAAGAUUAUCUGUAUAUGGUCCCCCUUGAAGGAUACCCCAAGUCCUAUACAACUGUGGAGCAAUGCAACAAUGUUGCUCUCCCUACUGCCACUCGCAAAAUUGGCUCCUAG